CCAGCAUCAGAGGCCACGUUCGCCCCACUUUGGCACAGGCUCGAAACUCGAAACUCCAAAAACGUCCGUGACAUUUUUGCAGAGCUGUCCUCGUCGACGCCGAGCCAACCCAAUCCCCCUUUCGCUGGACGAAUCAUCAUCACCGCCAUCGGCAAUAAGAUUGCUGAUACAACUAUACAGCACCAUAUCUUGUGUGCAUUGGCCGAGAGACUGCAGCGCGUUACUCUUCGUCCUGACUCGCGACCUCGGUUCCUGGCAUCGACCGAGCCCAACAGCAUCAUCAUGGUUGAGGCCGUCAGCAGCUCUGCGCUGCCCAAUGGCAAGAUCUCCGGACGCAGUAUGAAGCAGACCAAAGCUCAGCGAAGCUUUUUCAAACGCGCCUUUAGCUUUAUCGCUAGAAUAGCUACCUGGGCCACAAUCCUCACAAUCCUUUUCCGAUGCCCGCAAUCGCUCGAGGAAUGCGACGAAACAUCGCCAUAUAUUUGCAAGCACUACUUCAAAGCUAAAAGCAUUGUUGCUCCCCAUGCGCGCCCGUACUACGACAAGUAUGCCGCGCCGUAUGUCGAGAUUGCUCAGCCGUACUACGAGACCGUCCACACCAAUGUUCUUGUGCCGACACAGAAGCUGGCUACUCGAUAUGGUGCACCUUUGGUUGAACGGGGCCAGAACCUCGUAGCAACUCAGUGGGAGUUGAAUGGCCAGCCGCAUCUUACUCGUCUCCAAGUUAUCGCGAAGCUUCGACACGACCAGUUUGUCGCCCCCCAUCUCAAAAAGGCCAACGAAGCUCUGGGUCCUUAUAUAACAUCGGUCAAGGCGGGAACUGCCCACGCUCUGGAAGCCUAUGGUGUGCCGGCCUAUGAAUUUGUGACGCCAUACGCCGGCAUGACAUAUGGUGCCGCUCGCCACGUCACACUGACAACCGUGGUUCCAACCGCCAACUGGGCAUGGACUAGCACCAACAGCUUCCUUGAUACGGCAAUUUGGCCUCAGCUACGACUCGUGUACCAGGACAAUGUCGAACCCCAGCUUGUUCGGAUUGGGGAGCGCUUGGAACGAUAUCGGUCCAAGGCCAAGCUCAAAGUACUUCGGGAAAAGGCGUCCGCAAAGGAAGCUGAGACUAAAAUGACGCCUCCCAAGGUCCAGACGGCGUCUUCAUCUACCGAGCAGAAAACUACGACUGUUGAAGAGGUUGUCGAAACCACCGAGUCCCAAGAGCCGGAAGUGGACGAUGCCGUGGAAGUUGAAUCUGAGCCAGUUCAAGAGAGCCGCAGCAGCGAAUCAGACACGGAUACCGUUCACGAGGAGACCGAAACCAGCGUUGACGCGGCCGAGAACAAGAAGGGCGAGACUGACAGCCGUAAACAGACCCGUGAAAUGGUUGCGGCCGACCUUGAGCAGUGGCAGAACAAAUUUGCAGCACAGGCCGAAGAAGGAGCCGCAGACAUUGAAGACCGAGUUGACCACAUCUCGCGCAGCAUGAUUGACCAUAGCGCUGCGACGGACGGCCAGAAGCUGGUAAACAAUCUCGAAUCCACCGCCGAAAACGAGACGAAGCAUAUCAAGGAGGCCAUUGCUAGCAUGAUUGCUGGUGCUGAAGAUCGUACCGACGAGUCUCAAAUCGACGAAGCGUACGCCGUCAUCCGCGCUGCAGGUGUUGCUAUUAAGAAGAAGGCACAGGCUGUGCGAGCAUGGCGACAAGAGUACGACCAGGAGCUGCAAGGCACCGUCUUGGCCAUGGCUGAUGUUCACUUCCAAAUCCUCGAGGAGACACGCAGCCUGGCCCUGCAGCAGAUUGGCAUGAAGUGGGCUUGGACAGAGGGCAUUACCUACGAAGACUGGGCCAAGUACCACGAGCUUAAGGGCACCUUUAAUGAGUGGACUGAGGAGCUGAGACAACUCAUUGUCACCAACCCCAGCCUCUUGGAAGCCCAGGAGGCCGCUGCCAAGGUUGAGGACGAGGCCAUGGCCAUUGCUUCGGAUACCGCCAAGGAUCUACGUCGCCUCAAGGAUGUUGCGCAGUGGAAGAUUGCCAACCGCGAUUCUACGGACGAGUUCGAUUUGGACACGCUGGAGCGUCUCAAGCAGGAAGCCAUUGAGGCUGCCGAGGCCGCGCGCCUAGCAGCCGAAGCAGCAGCCGAAGCGGCCCGCAUAGCAGAAGAAGAAGAGGCAGCUCGUCUCGCUGAAGAAGCUGCUGCUGCUGCUGCCGCCGCCGCCCAACUAGCAGAAGAAGAAGCUACACGAGCAAAGGCAGAGGCCGCUGAGAAAGAAGCGGCGGAAGCAGCGGCCGCCGAAUCCGAGAGCGUCGCUGAGGAUGAUAAGGCUGAGGCUCAUUCCGAAGGCGAGGCUACCGCACACAUUGUCGAAAAGAUUGUGGAUCAAGAGACCCCCAUUGACGCGCCUAUCGGCGAGCACCCAGUCGAUGUCGUUGAGGUAGAAGAGGACGAUGCUGUUGCUGAAGAAAAGGCCACACAGGAAGACGAAGACAACACCCACGAGAAGAAGACUGUCACCGAGACCAGCCACGAAACAAUGACGAAGACGGUUUCUCUCGGCGUAAACGAGACUCCUGAUGUUGCCCAGCACGAGGAGCUGUAGCCGGGUAUGACGAGAUAAGAAAAAGAACGAGGCUGUACAGUGCAUACGUUUGUCCUUUUUUGUGUAUUUAGUUUGCAUGCUUUUUAUUCUGUUUUGUUUUUGGGCGUGUCUGGGACAACGCGGCGCAAAUGCAUGGCCGGUAGGAUGAAGAGGAUAAGAGGAGGAAGGGAAAAAACCGAUGUACGCAUAUACGCAUGUAACAAUGAUAUGAAUCUUUACUACG